AUGUUACUUCAAUUAAUCAUAUUUACUGUCAUUGUAUCAUCGAUAACAGCUGACUCUUGUGAAUCUUUUAUUCAUGGUGAUUAUGGUAAAACUGGUCGAUGUGUGACGAGAUCAGACUGUUUGAGUAAUGCUUAUUUGCCAAAAUUAUGUGAAAGUUGCCCUAAAAUAAUACCACGUGCUAGUUGGAAUGCAAAAAAUCCUAAAGGUCAAACAUUAUUGAUUACACCAGUUCCUUUUGUUGUAAUUCAUGAUACUAUUAGUCCUACAUGUAAAACUCAUCAUGAAUGUGUUAAACAAAUACGAGGAAUUCAAAAAUAUCACAUGGAUGAAAAAAAUUGGAGUGAUAUUGGAUAUAAUUUUUUAAUCAGUGAAAGUGGACUAAUAUACGAAGGACGUGGAUGGGCAUAUGUUGGUGCACAUCGUGCAGGUUAUAAUAGUAAAUCAAUUGGUAAAUAG